CACUUCUGUUGAAAAGUAAAUGGGUUAAGAAAUAGAACGGCAACCUUAUUUCGUUGCAUGUCAUGGCUAUGAGCAAUAUGACUAGACUAUGAGUAGCUAUGAGUUUGACAGAACACGUGAUAACACUGUUUAACGAUAGAGACAUGCACAAACGUGUGUAAAAGCAAUAAUAUUAACGUUACUAAUCAGAAAAGUCAGAAUGCUCACCUUAACAUCGCCAGCGCCGUGCUCACGUGUAUGUAACACACGUCAUCAGUAGUGGACGUUUGUUUUCUAUUUUGAUUGGUUGGGUUGACGGCUGCAAACAGCUAUCAAGUAGGUCAUGUGACUUAAACAGUACACAACUUUGAGAAGAGAUGUUACUGUGUCACUUAAAAGUUUGCGCCUUGUCUUGAGGAUACCUCCUCCGUCCCAUCCACAAAACUACCUCUACUGAGGGGCGAAGCAAGAAUGAAUCGUAACAUCAACACGGACAUUCAGAGCGAUUACCGCCCUAUCGACGGGGAUGACGACCAAUCUACUCCUCUGUUGGGAACAAUGCAAGGUGGAAAUGCCUCCUUUCAGGCCUGUGUGUUUAAUAUGAUGAAUGCCAUUAUGGGCAGUGGAAUCCUGGGGCUGGCUUAUGCAAUGGCCAGCACGGGUAUCGUGGGCUUCAGUAUCCUGCUGAUUGUAGUGUCCAGUUUGGCUACAUAUUCAAUCCAUUUGCUGCUCACACUAUGCGACCAAACAGGUGUUUCAUCCUAUGAAGAUCUGGGUGGCCGAGCGUUUGGAAAGUUUGGCAAAAUCCUGGUAGCCAUCUCCAUUAUUAUUCAGAACAUUGGAGCCAUGGCCUCCUACAUGUUUAUCCUCAAGACUGAGUUUCCUGCUAGCAUCAGUGGCUUCCUCAGUCCAGACCAUACCCGGGAUGUGUGGUAUGAGGAUGGCACAAUUCUUAUCAUCCUGGUUACGGUCUGUGUGGUGCUUCCACUGGCCAUACUACCCAAGAUUGGUUUUUUAGGUUAUACUAGCAUUCUGGCCUUCCUCUUCAUGCUCUUUUUCACAGUGGUGGUUGUAUUAAAGAAAUGGUCCAUUCCAUGUCCCCUCCCGGUUAAUGGAACCCUGAGUUUAUAUGAGGUGUCAUCGAAUCUGUCUGAAUGCACACCAAAACUCUUCGUUUUAACCAGUCAGAGUGCAUAUGCUGUCCCCACCAUGGCCUUCUCUUUCCUCUGUCACACUGCAGUCCUUCCCAUCUACUGUGAACUGCAAAGACCCACCAAGAAGCGAAUGCAGAAAGUGACAAACAUCAGCAUCGCCCUCAGCUUUCUACUCUAUUUCAUCUCUGCCUUAUUUGGAUACCUCACCUUCUUUGAUAAGGUGGAUUCUGAGUUGCUGCUAGGCUACGAUGCCUAUUUGUCACGUGACAUAUUGGUGAUGCUGGUGCGUCUGGCUAUCCUUUUGGCAGUGCUGCUCACCGUGCCUCUCAUCCACUUCCCAACUCGGAAGGCUGUGCAGUUGUUGGUUAAGGGGGAUAAUCCAUUCUCCUGGUUCUCUCACUCCCUCACAACUAUCCUGCUUCUUACAAUCGUGCUGCUGCUAGCCAUAUUUGUCCCUGACAUCAGGAACGUCUAUGGAGUUGUUGGCUCCACCACCUCCACCUGCCUGCUGUUUGUGUUCCCAGGCCUGUUCUUCUUGAAAAUGAGCUCCCACCCGCUCCUGUCUCUGCCAGCUAUUGGGGCGGUGUGUUUGGUUGCGAUUGGUGUGUUGGUUGGGUUGUUGAGUCUCUGCAUCAUCAUUGUCUCCUGGGCACAGAACUCCUGAGGGUACCCAGGCCUCUUCAGGGUACAAUGUACAAAGUAUGCUGUACUGAUCACACAGAACAGGACCAAUGGACACUCCUCAUAACGCAGUUGUUUCUGGAUAAGGAAGGGAACACACACACACUACACUACACAAACUGAUAUUAAAGACUGUUUACAUAUUGACAUUUUAAGUGUUAAAAAAAGAAAUGUUGACUUUUUGUGAAUGUGUGUUUUUAUGCCUUUUAUAAAAUCAAGAAAGUUGUGAUUUUAAUUGAAAUGUUGGAUAUAAUUGAAGCAAUAAUUGGAAUGAAAGGGAUAAUUCGAUUUAAAGUUUUUUUAUAUGUCUGAUAUGUCUUUUUUGCAUUUUGUAUUUCUCUGCAAUAAUUUCAUUAAUUUGAUAAUGCCCUUCAUCUGCAAUGCCUAUCAGCUACGAUCAUAAGUAAAGUAUUACAAAUGGACCAUUAAUAUUACAUUAAAAGACAUUAAAAUAAUCAUUUAUAUAAGUCAUAA